UACGGACACUGUUGAGCUAAGUGUUUGGGAGCGCCAUGCCGGAGUUGUGGACAACACUUGUGUCGGUUUUACUGACGGCAUCCACUAGCGUACUCUCUCAGACGAGCACGAUACUAAACGCUACCGAUUCUUUCAUAUCUGAUUGCUGGAGCGGGCCGGCCUCUGGUAGCUACCGAGGAAACCAGUCCGAGACGGUGUCGGGAAGGACGUGUCAGCGGUGGGACGUGCAGAACCCGCACACACAUACAUUCUUCCCUUGGUUUUAUCCCGAUGCUGGCCUUGUUGAAAACCUCUGCCGUAACCCUGACAACGGUCCCGGCAAUCCUUGGUGCUACACGACAGACCCCGAUACACGAUGGGAGUAUUGUGACAUAAAGCCCUGCGAAGCAGCCAUUACCACACAGGCCCUUCCAACAGGCACCUUGCAGACCUCAGGUACAACAGCGACGCCUGGCGAUUGCGGACGGCCAUACAUUGAACUGACGGAGUCCAGAAUUGUUGGCGGACAAGUGGCACGACAUGGGAGCUGGCCUUGGCAGGCGUCCUUGAAACUGCAGGGGUCAGGUCACGUGUGCGGAGGAUCUCUGGUUCUACCCGGCUGGGUCCUCACAGCGGCGCAUUGUGUAGAAAGCUACGCCACACCGAACGACCUGGGAUUCUGGCGAGUCAGUCUGGGAGACUACUAUCGUCUUCUCCCUGACGUUAGCGAACAAAACCUCGCGAUAUCUCGCAUCAUCAUGCACGAGAACUACACCGCGGACAUCCUUGACAACGACAUAGCGCUGAUCAAGCUGGCUCACGACGCGACUCUGAAUGACUACGUAAAAACUGUCUGUUUGGCACCGAACAUUCUGCCACAUCCGGGGACUACCUGUUACGUCACUGGGUGGGGAGACACGGGUGCAGGGAGCGGCAGGUCGCUGAUGCUGAGACAAGCCCCGGUGUCAAUCAUCGGCACCCACACCUGUAACUCCGCCUCCUGGUACAACGGCAUCGUCACGGACAAUCAGUUCUGCGCUGGGUAUCCGGGCGGCGGCAUCGAUUCAUGUCAGGGCGACUCCGGCGGACCGUUGGUGUGCGAACGGCAUGACGGGACAUGGUUCCAAGUGGGUGUGACGUCAUGGGGGUGGGGUUGUGCCUUACCCAACCGUCCCGGCGUCUACACUAAAUUAGACAAUUUCAUCGCGUGGAUACAGAACAAAAUAACACAACAGUAAUUGGUCGGACAUUUGAUUUUUAUUAGCCCAUUAUAUAUCCGACAUCUUCUAGCUCCGGAGCCUA